AGCUGUGGGAUUCCGAGCGUCAGAAAAGCCCCUAACCUGGCGUGUCGUCGCCGUGACGACAUCUCCUGCAUGUGAUAGCAGCACCCAUCAGCAUUCCUUUUUUUGUCUCUCCCUUCACCGCUCUCGAUUCCGUCAGCCAAAGCAACUCCUAGUCUCGUCGCGCGAUCGCUUUCAUCCCCUAAGCUCUCAAUUUAGGCAUCGCCGCGAUGUGCGGCCGGGCGCGUUGCACGUUGUCGCCCGACGCCGUCACACGCGCGACAGGCGCGAGGCCCGCCUGGCGCGACCAGCACCUGUACUCGCCCUCCUUCAACGUCGCUCCCGGCACCUUUCUGCCCGUCGUCGUCCGCGCACCCGUUUCCGCCCCGCAUUCCGCUUCCCCGCGCGCUGCUUCCGCCUCCGCCAAGAUGGCACCUGGGGAGCUGGAAGUAGCGGGGAAUGGGUGCGCGGAGGCGGAGGGGGGUGAAGCGGACGGGCGCGCGCAGGAGGAUGCAGGAGGAGCGAGGGGGAAGGAGGAAGCGGCGGAGGGGGAGGAUCAUGCGGCGGGGGAACGGGGGGAGGCUGCGGAGGGGCGGUGGGAGGAGCAGGCAGAGGGGGCGGUGGAGGAGCGGGCGGAAGGGGAGGGGGAGGUGCAGGUGAUGAAGUGGGGGCUCAUCCCGUCGUUCAGCAGCAAGGCCCAGCCGCCCGACCACUACCGCAUGUUCAACGCGCGCUGUGAGUCGCUGCACGAGAAGGCGUCCUUCCGCCGCCUGCUGCCAGCCCGCCGCUGCCUCGUGCUGCUGGACGGAUUCUACGAGUGGAAGAAGGAAGGCUCCAAGAAGCAGCCAUUCUACAUCCACAUGAGCGACGAGCGGCCCAUGGUGAUGGCGGGGCUGUUUGACCGCUGGACCAACGCACAGGGUGACGAGCUCUUCACAUUCACUAUAGUCACAACAGCAGCUUCCCAGCGGCUGCAGUGGCUGCAUGAUCGCAUGCCGGCCAUCCUGGCCUCCCAGCACCACAUGUCAGCAUGGCUGCACGGCAAGCUCUCAGGGCCUCACUCCAUCGCCUCGCUCUGCGCGCCCUACAACCACCCCGACCUCGUGUGGCACGCCGUGACGCCCCAAGUGGGCAAGCCGUCCUUCGACGGCCCGCAGUGCGUGCAGGCGAUUCCGUUGAAGCCUGCUGUCGCAUCCACACCAAUCACUCAGUUCUUUGCCCGCAAGAGACAAAAGGUGCCAGCCAUUAAUGCGGGAGGCUCAGGAGGGGUGGAGAGGCAGGAAGUGGAUGUUGGUGCAGUGAGAGAAGGGCAUGGAGUGAAGUGCGAGGAGGGAGGCAGCAGAAUGAAGGAUGCGGAGGAGACUGCGGUGCAGGAAGCACAAGAUGAGAUUGGGGUUAGGGAUGGCGAGGGUAGCCGGGCGAGUGAGGGAGGCGAGAAGGAGCAGCCAAAGGGUGAUUGCGAGGGUGAUGAGGAACAUGACGAUUGCCAAGAUAAUUGUCAAGGUGCCGAGGGUGUGAACCGUAGGGAGAAUGGCCUGGGUGAAGGGUUGGUUCCCGCGACACCUCUCCCCCAAGAUGCCCGCGUCCACGCCUCUCUACCUUCAACACAGCCUGAGCAGCAAAUAUCGGGUUCUACCCUUGCUUCCCUUGUUGUUUCAACUCUCACUUCUUCCAAGUUGGCAUCGCCCGUUUCAACAAAGCGGCAUCAGCAAGGCGCAAGAGGCUUGAGACCGGCGCCCAAGCGUAGGAAAGGGUCCUCUGAGGCUGCUGAAUCCGACAACCAGAUGUCUAUCCGACGUUUUUUCAAGGUUCCAUAGAAUGUUAAAUAGUUUUUUUUGGAUGGAUUGCUUUGGAUAUUGGUAAAUUCAAACAAGUGUACAUACU